CGUCUUAAAAUAAAUGUAACCAUUAACAAAGUAGGCUAGGCCUAGCAUACUGUUCAAAUCCGUGAGUUUACAGGACCUAUAUCCUAUACUGGAAGAACAAAAAUGCUAUAAAGGUCAGCACAUCCUGAUCAGAGGUCUGCCAUGAAUUCCCCCGAGGAGAGGCACAUUGUAGGACCCCUUGUACAUUGUUCAUUUGAAAGGCUAAUUUGACUCACCUGUGUUAUUGUCAUCAUUAACCAACAUUGUUAAUAAACAUUACAUGACAUUCUUAAUUAAGAUUACAUUAGGCUGCUACCACUCCUGCAGUGCUAGCCACAGUAUCUUUUUCAGAUCUUAAGACAAUUUUCAGAGCAGAUCAGAAUCUCACUUGUGAUUGAUGCAUUAUGUUUGUCUCCUAACGUUGCUUUAUUAAACUUGGAAUAUACUUCAUGGUUUUAUGCUCGGGAGGAAAAAAUUCCCCAACUAUCCACAUGCAUGCUAUGUAUCUCUGGUUUUCAAUGCUCACAACUCUCAAAUCAACCACACACACUUCUAGCACAUCAUGUUUUUGUUCUAUUAAUUGAUAGUGGUAUCUACCCUGUAUAUAAUCUGAACGUUUCACAACUCUAUGGCCUCUGUUAAAAUAGGGACUUUUUUUUCUCUCCAUUUCCUGCUUUCAGUUUAGUUGUGUUUUACUUGAAGAUGCAAGCUGGGUUACACCAGUAAUAGCGGUCUCAGAAGUUGUAUUUCUGUUUAGCUUAAAAGUAAUGUACCAUUAGGCUGCAAGUGUUGUAAAAGGUGUUGUGUUUUAAAAGUCCAGUGUACAAGGGGUCAAAAUGAGUCUCUCUGAGGAGAAUGAGGAGGGAGGCCCUCCCUCUAGUAUCUGUGAAGAGACUGAAGAGGAAGCCACUGCUUCUAGAAUGAGUCCCUCAGGGAGUGAGGUACAAAUGUCCCUUAAAAGGAGUUUUCCUGCAGAACAGGACACUGACUGUGAACUUAAGAGGAUCAAGACAGACAGACGAGUCUCACCUGUACCUAGCUGUGUCUCCAUGAAGAGUGACAAGUCGAUGGGACGAGAUAUUUUCUUCAGCGAUGGAGAAUUAUCCACUGGGCAAAGCAGUAUCUCUGAGGAGAAUGACACGUCAAUGGAUCACCAACCCAGAGGGCCUACUGAUGACAAAGUGUACAUAACUGUUUCCACUAAGACUAAGACAGAAAUCCAGGAGAAAAUGAAAUCCUACUUGAAGAAUAGGGCAUGUUCUUUAUUUGAGGGCAUUGAGGAUCAAGCCAAAAAAACACCUCUUAACAACAUCUACACAGAACUCUACAUCACACAAGGUGGAAGUGGAGAGGUCAAUUAUGAACAUGAGGUGAGACAGAUUGAGACAGCAUGCAGGUUUCCAGUAGAACAAGAGACAUCAAUCCAACUCAAUGACAUCUUCAAACCCUUACCUGGACAAGACAAGCCUAUCAGAACAGUGCUGACAAGGGGAGUUGCUGGCAUUGGAAAAACAGUGUCUGUGCUGAAGUUCAUGUUGGACUGGGCUGAAGGAAAAGCAAACCAAGACAUCCAGAUCAUCUUCCCACUUCCUUUUCGGGAUCUGAACUUGAUGAGAGAUACAAAUCAAAGUCUGAUAAAACUACUUCAUCACUCCUUUAUAGAAACAAAAGAAUCAGAAAUCUCAGAAAACGAAAAUAUUGUGUUUGUUUUUGAUGGUCUGGAUGAAUGUCGCCUUCCUCUGGACUUCCAGAAUAAUAAGAUCUGCUGUGAUAUCACAGAGUCAACUUCAGUGGAUGUGUUGCUGACAAACCUCAUCAAAGGGAAUCUGCUUCCCUGUGCUCACAUUUGGAUAACCACCCGACCUGCAGCAGCCAAUCAGAUCCCUCCUGAUUGUGUUGACCAGGUGACAGAGGUACGAGGGUUCAAUGACCUACAGAAGGAGGAAUACUUCAGGAAGAGAAUCACUGAGGAGGACCUGGCCAGCAGAAUCAUCUCACACAUAAAGACAUCAAGGAGCCUCCACAUCAUGUGCCACAUUCCAGUGUUCUGUUGGAUUUCAGCCACUGUCCUAGAGAGACUAUUGGUUGAAGCAGAGAGUCGAGAGAUCCCCAAGAAUCUAACUCAAAUGUACGCUCACCUCAUGAUCUUCCAGUCAAAACUGAGGAGUCAGAAGUAUCCUGUAGAGCCUUCCAACGAUUUUUACUGGGAUAAAGAGAUGAUUCUGGCACUGGGAAAACUGGCUUUUCAACAGCUAGAAAAAGGCCAUCUGAUAUUCUAUGAGGAAGACCUGAGAGAGUGUGGCAUUGACAUCAAGGAUGCGUCUGUGUACUCUGGAGUGUGCACUCAGAUCUUCAGAGAAGAGUCUGGGCUUAACCAGAUGAAGGUGUACUGCUUUGUACAUCUGAGUAUCCAGGAGUUUCUGGCUGCACUAUAUGUGUUCCUCAUGUUCACUAACGACAACAACAAUCUGAUGGCUAAAGAGAGAUCCCUCCGCAACAAAAACAGUCUAUAUGAAGAUGCAGUGGACAAGGCCUUGCAGUUUGAAAAUGGCCAUCUGGACCUUUUCCUCCGCUUCCUUCUAGGCCUUUCACAUGAGUCCAAUCAGCAUCUCCUACAAGGCCUACUGACACCAACAGGAAGCAGAUCACAAAGCAACAAGGAAACAGUCAAGUACAUCAAGGAGAAGAUCAGAAAGAAACUCCCUAUGGAGAGAUGCAUCAAUCUGUUCCACUGUCUGACUGAACUGAAUGAUCAUUCUCUAGUGGAGGAGAUCCAAAGCUACCUGAGCUCAGGAAGUCUCUCAAAAUCUAAACUCUCAUCUCAACAAUGGUCAGCUCUGGUCUUCAUGUUGCUGACCUCCGAGAAGCUGGAUGUGUUUGACCUGAAGAAAUACAUCAGAUCAGAUGCAUCUCUUCUCAAACUUCUCCCAGUUGUCAGAUCCUCUAGAACAGCCCUGCUGAACGAAUGUAAACUCACCAAGAAAAGCUGUGAGGCAUUAGCUUCUGUUCUCAAAUCAAACUCUUGCUGUCUGAGACUGCUGGACAUGAGUGGUAAUAAACUUCAGGAUUCAGGAGUGAAGCUGCUCUCUGCUGGACUGGGGGAUCCACACUGUAAACUGGAGACAUUGAAUUGGACGAAUCGACUGAUGUCAGUGGGGAAGCCCAGUUGAUUGCGUUUAUGCGAUACAGAGACAUUUCAGAAAUAAUGAGCACAUUCGGUUCUGCAAGAAGCUAACGGGGAGAACUACAGGUGAGGAUGCGUUUCACGUUAUUGACAGCUUUAUCUCAGAGCACAAUCAGGAUUGGAAAUCCUGUUUUCAUGUGUGCACGGAUCGUGCUGCAUCAAUGCCUGGGAGAGUAAAAUGGUCGCCCACAUAAGUAAAUUCCACUGUAUCAUUCACAGAGGCAUUGGACAGUAAGAGAAUGAGUCCCGCUUCACACUGACGUCCGUUGGCUAUCCAGAGGGAAAACGCUACAGAGGCUUUUUGAGCUGCGUGUUGAAGGAGCACUCACACCCCCUUGUGGCUGUGUUCGAGGACACAGACUGGGGAACCCGCCUUGCCUAUCUUGUUGAUCUGUUCGCAAACUGAACAACCUGAAUCUAACUGCGAGGUAGACACAUUCUAAACAUGUAUGACAAAGUGUGUGGAUUCAUGAAGAAGAUCAAACUCAGGGAGAGGAAAUUUGAGGAUGAAGAAGUAAGUUGUUUCCACCAGCUUGACACCUAACGUUUUACAGUUGAUACUGACAGAGCUCCUAUGGUGCAAAUAGUGAGUUUACAUUUAUCCAAAAGCAACAGUGAGUUCAACUCCUACUUCCCUGACAUUGAAAACAAAACUGCCAAACUUAACCACAUUUCUGUCAAAUUUACACCUAAUCUAGGAAUCACGCUGGUCACACGGCAUGAGGGGGGACUUCAGGCAGAUCAGUGUUUUAGGUUGGGAACCACUGGCAUUCAUGAUGAUAUUAUUAUGGACAAAAUAUUAUUUUAAUUUGCGCUGCUCUAUAAUGUGCCUUGAUUGAAUUCCUAUUACAUUUUUCAUCUUUAACUCUGCAUUUUUGGAAAAGGAUCCGUAAGUAAGCAUUUCACUGUUAAUCUACACCUGUUGUCUACGAAGCAUGUGACAAAUACCAUUUUAUUUGAUUCUGACCUUGGUCUCUGAUGUAGCAUAAUUGAAGACAAUUUGUCAGCAGUUUGUAUCAUUGUCUUUAGAUGUGUCAUGGAGUAUGUACAAUUAUCACUUGAAAUUAUGAAUCGGGGCACCAGUUCGUUAUUCAACAAAAUCGGUCAGUUUAGUUGUGUUCCUUUCAAUUCAAUAAAAGGUUCAACAUAUGACAUUAAAAUGACACAUCGUUGCAGAUGCAAAAUGUACAUUUUCUGAAAUAUUUGAUAUUGUGGAAUUUUCCUCCUGUACUUU